GCAGACAACAGAAAAGAAAGAGGAGGUGGAGAGGAAGGAGGAGCGAGCAGUGGAACAGACUGGCUGAGGCUCGCAGCUCUCAGUCUCUCUCUGUGCUUCGUAGAGCAGCCUCUUUUUCUCUCUUGCACGCACCGGCUUUCCUACUCUUUUCCAAAACUGACAAGAGCAAACGUAGCGGCAGAGGGGCUGACUCGCUCCAACUCCUCCUGCACAAUGCUGCCCUGGAGACGGAAUAAGUUUGUUCUGGUGGAAGAUGAGGCCAAGAGUAAACCCAAGAGCUUGGGAACUGGACUGACUUACCACUCCAUCCUCUCCUCUCUACUGCGCUCCUGUCCUGACUUGCUGCCUGACUGCCCCUUCGACUGGGUGGGCAGUAUCUUCCACACCAAACGCCAAAAGGUGGAACUGAACAAAGAGGAUCCUGUUUACAAUGUGCGCUACCUGGGAAGUGUUGUUACCAUUACAGCUAAGGGAGAUGGUUGCACGCAGGAGGCGGUGGCCAAAAUAUGGGCGAGGAGCAACUAUGGGGAGCAGAGUGUCAAGAUGAGGUUAACGGUGGGGCCACAAGGCAUUCGGAUGAGCGCUGACAAAUCUGGGAAAAAGAAACCCAUCCAUCUUUACUCUCUGAACAGAAUCACUUACUGUGCUGCUGACCCGUGUCGGCCCAAGAUCCUGGCCUGGAUCUACAGGCACCAGGUCAAGAACAUGGCAGUGGUCCUUCGGUGUCACGCUGUUCUGGUCAGUAAGUCGGAGAAGGCCCAGGCCAUCGCCCACAGCCUGUACCAGAACGCCACGUCCGCCUUCAGUGAGUUCAAACGGCUGAAGCGUCAGAGUGAUUUCCGGCACUGCCAGCAGCAGCUUCUGGGUGAGGAGGCAGUGCCCCUGAUGCCACUGAGGAGGCUGUUGAACGGGCAGUGCCACUAUAGACCGCCUGCCGACAACCCAGGGAGUACCACCCGCCUCUGCUCCAUCACAGAGGAAGAGGAGGAGGAGGAGGAGGUGGAGGAGGAGGGCAACAGUAGCAAUGGAAACACAGACGUAAAAGGAUCACAGAAGCAAGAGGAUGUAGAGAAACACCAAGAGCAGCAGGAGAAACAGAAGGUUUUAACAACAAACACAGACCCGACUCAGUUAUUGUCAGAGCUGGACCUUGGGGAUAUUGCCAGACUGGAGCAGUGCCAAAUCAACUUUGUCAGCGACAGCAACAACAACACGUUUACUUUUAUCACCUCUCUGGUGUGACUAUCGUGCAGUUUCAGUGACUCUGCAACGCUACAGUAACACAUUCCUCCAUUUGCCCUUGACUGGUACCCCACUCAGGCCCCCCUGUCAAUGUAAUGUGAAGUGUUUACCAGAAACUUCUCCUACAAGCAGGAGGCAGAGAAACGGCAGAUGAGCUUUCUGUGGGAGUAAUUUCUCUUCUGACCAGAUGGCUCAGACACCGGUUUGCCAGAUUGGACUCUAGCAGUUUGGUUAACUGCGUGUUUACAAAGAGGGCUGGUGAUGCACAGACUAACGAUAGCACAAUGACGAACAAUGAUGUUUUCGAAAAAAAAACCACAAGAGCGCUGACGGUGACAUCAUGUAGGUCAUAUAUUGAUCACAACAUGAUCCAGGACGUGUUUAUUAACCCUCUAGCUCUUAUUUUUGUGAGUAUUAUAAAAGCUGUGUUUGCUAGCAGGGACAUUUUUUGGAUUGAACUGUAAAAUUCUUCAGGGAGGUUCUUUGUAAAUUUGUGUAAUUUUUUUUCUGAUGAGACAAUCCUCAUUGAAAUUGUUCCCAGCUGACCUUUCUGAUGCUUACAAUCACACGAAGGAGUUUACCGAAGUUUAUUACUGUUUUACUAAUGAUCACAGCCGACUAAUGAAAAAGGCUAUAUUUUAGGAAGCAAGCCAUUGAGUCGACGUGUUUAUUGCCGCCAUUCGUUACGGUCCUUAUCAUUUAUGCAUGACAUGUCAGCAGUAACCUUUCGCGCUGGGCUUUUGUCUUUUUUCAUGGACAUCUCUGAUCCUUCUGCUUUUAAAAUGAACACUGUGAUAAAUGUGUUAGCAGACAGACGCACACACUCUUCACGCAGCAACGCCUCAUUUAUGUAAUACAUUUUUUUCCUACACCUAUUGCAGUCUAAACACAAAACAGAUCAAUCUGUCAUUGCCGUGGUCCUUUUUAGCCAAGUUUUGCUAUUGCAGUUUUUCCACAUGAGCCCUUGCAAAAAUGCAGAUGAAGUCUAGUAAUUUAACACAAAAUGUUUUGGAUAUGACUUCCUGUUGAUAAUAUCUGUGCUCCUGUCUAAAGAUGCAUUGUGAUUAUUAUGAGAUGAAUCUAUUUAAAUAUUUAUUUUCAAGAUAUGACUAAUAAAAAUUACCCUCACUUUCC